ACGGAAAUACUGGAAGUAAAAGUGUAAGGUCCGUCAAAAUCGCAGGCAUUUUUCAAGGGCUUUAUUUUGAAUGUUGUCACCGGAAGUCCUGAUCCUUGUCCCCAAAGCCAAAUUUUAUGUGCCACGCGCAUGCGCACUCGCUAAAUCCACAUUAAACAAUCCCGAGGUGGGCAUCUUGCGCUGAUCUGGUGUUCUGCAAAAUAUCGAGUGAUUCGAGAGGUAACUGAUCACAUCAUCAUCAGUAUGGCAUCCAGCGGCUAUGUGCAGGCAGCGGUGCUCCUUCUGGCGGUCCAGCUCCUCUGUCUCGGUGCAGCUGAUGCGGAUCAGGAGAGUGGGACUGUCAUCCCUGCCGAAAGUCGCCCAUGUGUGGAUUGUCACGCAUUUGAGUUCAUGCAGAGGGCACUGCAAGAUCUAAAGAAGACCGCUUUCAACCUUGAUGCCAGGACGGAGACGCUGGUGCUGAGGGCCGAGAGGAGGGCCCUGUGUGACUGUAUGCCCACCAACUCGCUGCGCUGAGAACGCCCGAGGACACUUCCGCCCGCCAUCACACCCCCGACAACAACCCUGUUCUGAAACCUCCGCUCAUGCACAGCGAUUGUCAUCUUAUUAACACAACAGGCACUUUAUUUUCUUUUCUCUCACGUCACUGCUGAGUGAAGCUUUCAUUUGAACCCAUGCAUCAUUCGGGAAGGUCUUGUUUUAGCUUAACUGGGGCGACUUUUAUACCACGGACGUUUUACAUUGUGAAACUAGUUUGAUUGUCUCCAUCGUCACAGGGUUUGGGUCAGCUCUCAUUUGUCUCCUACGAAGCAUAAACUAUUUUUUGUACUUUUUAGUAUUUGACUGUAUAAUGUAGAUACAGUAGAAUGCAUCGGUAAAUUCACUCGUUGAAUGUGUUGUAUGAGAUUAAUGUUUACGACGAUUAUACACAUUAAACUGUAGCAUCAUGUGAAAUUUAUUUAACUGCUCAAGUUUAAUAACAGUUUAUAAUUAGUUCAUUAAAUGACCGUUAGGAAUCGUGAAGAUUUCGCCGAUUAGAAUGAAUUGAUGCUUCUUUUGCAGGAAAAAAAAGUUUGGUUAACUUAUUAAAGAUAUUUUUCUUUGUAACAACCAAGUUUUUUUCUUAAGAAAUAGCAGACAGAAGUGUGUCAUUUUAGCAGAUUUCCAACAAUAUUUUCAGACUUCUUUUUGUUUGUUUUUUAGGCGGAAAAAGCGUACUUGUAGGUCUUGAUUUAGCACAGCACUGUAGCAUGAAUUUACAGCACUUUUUUUGUUAACCUACUGUUGAUAUAGAUUGUAUGUAUAGAUUCUGUAUAUGUACACGGGUAUGUGUAACGGAGGUGUCGACAGACUUUGUCUUCUACGUCUGACGAAGGUGUAUGCAAGAAUGGUGACGAACACCAGAGUUUAAAAAUGAACCGCAAUAUCAGCAACGGAAGGGAGGUCGGAUAGAGGAGUGCUCGCUGCAGCAGGGGACUUAGAGAUAGAAAUAAUAAAUGUCUUAUUGUUGCUUGUUCAUGAACUGUGUACUUUGUUAAUAUUAUGUCACAAGACGCCCAUUUAUUGUCUUAAUG